UAUAAGAUUUUUCUCGUGAGGGGUCUGGCUCACAAGCCAAUAAAGGCAACCUCUAGUACCUUCAUCACCACUCGAUCGCAUUAAAAGUCUAAUAAUUGACCUUCAAUAAUCUUAAAAAUAAAAAAUCACUGUGUGAUUGAUUCUCCAGAUUUCCACUUUAUUGCACACUUAUAACUUAAUUAAUUUAAUCCUCUUCAGGUUCACCUUCCUUGGUGGCAGGUUUGCAAGAACUCUAAACAUUUGAUCCAUCACCAUCUUCUUAGCAGUGAGGUGAAGUGAGGUGACUGCAAUGGCUUCUGCUUGUGUGACCUUGAAAUCCAAUACCCAUUUAGCAAACUCUGAGAAGGGCUUUCUAGGAGAAAGAAUAAAAGGUGGCUUCAACAACAGUGCCUUGGUAAUGAAUCAGUUGGCUAUACGUUCUAGAAGCCACAAGAGGGUGAAACAUGGUGUUGGUGUUGUAUCUGCUGUUCUCACUUCAAACAAUGCCAAAGAAUCACUGACCUUGCAAGUGCCUUCCUUUUUAAGAAGAAGGGCUGAUCCAAAAAAUGUUAUUUCCAUCAUAUUGGGAGGAGGACCUGGGACACAACUCUUUCCUCUCACCAAACGUGCUGCCACACCUGCGGUUCCUGUGGGUGGAUGCUACAGGCUUAUAGACAUCCCUAUGAGCAACUGCCUCAACAGUGGCAUCAACAAAAUAUUUGUGCUGACACAGUUCAACUCUGCAUCCCUCAACCGUCACAUUGCCCGCACCUAUUUUGGAAAUGGCAUCAACUUUGGGGAUGGGAUUGUGGAGGUUCUGGCGGCUACUCAAACACCAGGAGAGGCUGGAAAGAAUUGGUUCCAAGGAACUGCAGAUGCUGUGAGGCAAUUCACUUGGGUAUUUGAGGAUGCCAAGAAUACAAAUGUUGAGAAUGUAUUGAUCUUGGCUGGAGAUCAUCUAUAUCGUAUGGAUUACAUGGACCUUGUGCAGAGUCACGUUGAUAGAAAUGCUGAUAUUACAGUUUCAUGUGCUGCUGUGGGUGACAGCCGUGCAUCAGAUUAUGGAUUGGUUAAAGUAGAUGACAGAGGCCGCAUCAUUCAAUUUUCUGAAAAACCAAAUGGUGAUGAUCUGAAAGCAAUGCAAGCAGAUACCUCUCUUCUUGGGUUGUCUCCCCAAGAUGCAUUGAAGUCACCAUAUAUUGCAUCUAUGGGGGUUUAUGUAUUCAAGACAGAUGUUUUACUCAAUCUUCUGAAAUGGAGAUAUCCUACCUCCAAUGACUUCGGAUCUGAAAUCAUCCCUGCAGCUGUGAGGGAUCACGAUGUCCAAUCGUAUUUUUUUGAAGACUAUUGGGAAGACAUUGGAACGAUAAAAUCGUUUUACGAUGCUAACUUGGCCCUUACUGAAGAGAGUCACAAGUUUGAAUUUUAUGACCCCAAGAUUCCCAUUUACACAUCUCCAGGAUUCUUACCACCAACAAAGAUUGACAAAUGCCAGAUUGUGGAUGCUAUUAUUUCCCAUGGAUGUUUCCUGCGAGAAUGCACAGUCCAACACUCCAUUGUGGGUGAACGUUCACGUUUGGAUUAUGGUGUUGAGCUCCUGGACACUGUAAUGAUGGGAGCAGACUAUUACCAAACUGAAUCUGAAAUUGCUUCUCUGCUGGCAGAGGGGAAGGUCCCAAUUGGUAUUGGAAGGAAUACCAAAAUUAGAAACUGUAUUAUUGACAAGAAUGCUAAGAUCGGGAAAGAUGUCAUCAUCGCAAACAAAGAUCUUUCUCUGUAGGGCGUUCAAGAAGCAGAUAGACCAGAAGAUGGAUUCUACAUUCGAUCAGGAAUCACCAUCAUAAUGGAGAAGGCAACCAUAGAAGAUGGCACUAUCGUAUAAAUGGAUAGCUCAUUUCUGGGCUGAUUAUCCAAAGGCGCUGGAAGAGGAAUGCUCCCAUCUUUGGGGACAGAAGGGUAUCUGUUUGCAAUGCUGUGUUACAAUGGAGGAAGCAGCACAUCACCCCAUUUGCUAUAUGUAAAAUAGAAGGCUCCCCCACUACUCAAUACAUGUAAAAAUAGAAUGAAUAAAACCAUGAAAAUCAAGAUGCAUGAGGAGUAAAUAAAUUAAAGGGCUGACCCUGAGCUAGCUACAAAGUUGCUUUACCCCCUUGUAAAAGACACUUUCUAAAUUAUUUGUAUUACUAAGGUAUCAGUGAAUGGCUGAAUUGAUUCAUUGGCAUCA